AUGCCAAUUUCAUUUCUUUACAAAGCCCAUUUUCUCUCCAUAAAGUUGCAACCAUUAAUCUUCAACAAAAUGAUCUCCUCGGCUUCCAUCUCUGCUUCUCACUUGUCUACACCUAUCCAUGCGCCCUCCACAGAGAACCCACUUUUUUCUCUCUUCCAAAAAUGUAAAUCCAUGGACCAACUCAAGCAAAUUCACUCUCAAACAAUCAAAACUGGCACCAUAUGCAAACCCAUUAUUCAAAAUAAGAUCUUUUCCUUCUGUUGUACACAAGAGUUUGGAGACAUGAAUUAUGCACGACAAUUGUUUGAUACAAUUCCUGAACCAACAGUCUUCCAUUGGAAUACAAUGUUGAAAGGGUAUUCCAGGAUUGAUUCUCCUAAACUUGGGGUUUCUAUGUACUUAGACAUGUUAAAGAAUGAUGUUUUACCCGAUUGUUACACUUAUCCGUUCUUGAUUAAGGGUUUUAAGAAAGAUAUUGCGUUCGAGUAUGGGAAGGAGCUGCACUGUCAUGUGGUGAAAUAUGGUCUAGGUUCCAAUGUGUUUGUUCAAAAUGCAUUGAUAAAUAUGUAUUCUUUGUGUGGUUUAACUGAUAUGGCUCGUGGGAUAUUUGAUAUGAGUUACAAGACUGAUGUUGUCACUUGGAAUGCGAUGAUUUCUGCUUACAAUAGAAUAAAGCAAUAUGAUAAAACUAAGACGCUUUUUCAUGAGAUGGAAAAGAAAAGAGUGUUGCCUUCUUCAGUUACUCUUGUUUCAGUGUUAUCAGCUUGCUCUAAGUUGAAAGAUUUAGAAUGUGGUCAGAAAGUCCAUAAGUAUAUUUCUGACCACGUUGUUCAGUCUAAUUUGAUAGUGGAAAAUGCUUUAAUUGACAUGUAUGCUGCAUGUGGUGAAAUGAGUGUUGCACUUGGGAUUUUUGAGAGUAUGAAGAGCAGAGAUGUGAUUUCUUGGACUGCUAUUGUUACCGGGUUUGCAAAUAUAGGACAACUUGAUAUAGCAAGAAAAUACUUUGACCAGAUGCCUGAAAGAGACUAUGUUUCCUGGACUGCCAUGAUAGAUGGAUAUCUCCAAGUGAAUUGUUUCAAAGAGGCUUUGGUUCUCUUUCAUGAGAUGCAAACUUCAAAUGUUAAACCAGAUGAAUUCACCAUGGUUAGCAUACUUACAGCUUGUGCACAACUUGGGGCACUAGAGCUAGGAGAAUGGGUAAGGACUUACAUUGACAAAAACAAAGUAAAAAAUGAUGCCUAUGUGGGGAAUGCUCUGAUAGACAUGUACUUCAAAUGUGGGAAUGUUGAAAAAGCAAGAAGCAUAUUUAACAGUAUGCCUCGGCCGGACAAAUUUACAUGGACUGCGAUGAUUGUUGGCCUUGCCAUUAAUGGAUAUGGCGAAGAAGCUCUUGAUAUGUUUGUCCAAAUGCUUAAAGCUUCAGUAACUCCUGACGAAAUAACUUAUGUUGGUGUUCUUUGUGCUUGUACCCACACUGGCAUGGUAGAUGAAGGAAGAAAGUUUUUUGCCAGCAUGACCACCCAACACGGAAUUGAGCCAAAUGUGGCUCAUUAUGGAUGCAUGGUCGAUCUACUUGGCCGAGCUGGACAUCUAAAAGAAGCUCAUGAAUUUAUAAAGAAUAUGCCCAUAAAACCAAAUUCCAUUGUUUGGGGAGCUCUUCUUGGCGCUUGUAGACUUCACAAAGAUGCAGAGAUGGCUGAAUUUGCAGUUAAACAAUUGCUUGAACUAGAGCCAGAUAAUGGGGCAGUUUAUGUUAUUUUAUGUAAUAUAUAUGCAGCUUGCAAUAAAUGGGAUAAGUUGCGAGAAUUAAGAAACGAAAUGACGGAUAGAGGAAUUAAGAAAAUCCCCGGCUGCAGUUUGAUAGAAAUGAAUGGCGUUGUCCACGAAUUUGUUGCUGGGGACCAAGCUCAUCCUCAAACUAAAGAAAUAUACUUGAAGUUGGAUGAAAUGAAAAAUGAUUUGAAAUUUGCAGGAUAUUCCCCUGAUACUUCUGAGGUGUUUCUUGAUAUAGGGGAAGAAGAUAAAGAGAGUGCACUUUUCCAGCAUAGUGAGAAGUUGGCUAUUACAUUUGGGCUCAUUAAUUCAGGACCGCAGACCACCAUUAGAAUUGUGAAGAAUCUCAGAAUGUGUGUAGAUUGUCACCGUAUGGCAAAGUUGGUGUCGAAGGUUUAUGAUAGAGAAAUGGUUGUAAGGGAUCGAACUCGUUUCCAUCAUUUCAGGAAUGGUUCGUGCUCAUGUAAAGACUAUUGGUGAGUUGAAUAAGUUGCAGACUGCAAAUGUACUAAUUUGAUAAUUUUUGGAGUAUCUGAUGUUGAAAAGUAGGUCUCAUGAAUCUGCUGCAUAGCCUUCAACAAAUAGAUGAUGAAUUCUGGAAUGUUUUUACUCGAUCUCAGUUUAAGUUUUGUAAGAGUGAAAUGAUCCUUGCCAA